UGUGAAUUUCUUCUUUCCAGAGCUCUUAUUCCUGCAGAGAAUGAGUUUGAGCCACAUGGAAGAUAUGCCUUUAAGCCAUUCAAGUCUUCAAGGGACACACAGAUCAUCCUGGAAGCAAUGGUUCCUCUACUCAACAAUAGUUACUUUGCUGUUGCUUUGCUCCUUUAGUACACUAAUUCUUACUUUUCUUCCACUCAAGACUGCCAGUGAGCCCUGCAUAGCUAAGUUUGGACCAUUCCCUUUAAAAUGGCAAAUGACAUGUCCUAAGCUUCCUUGUGUGAAUAAGACAGCUAACGAGAAACUGGAGAUACUUCAGAAUGGCUUGUAUCUAAUUUAUGGCCAAGUGGCUCCCAAUACAACCUACAAGGAACCAGCUCCUUUUGAGGUGCGGCUAUGUAAAAAUGAAGACAUCAUACAAGUGCUAACAAACAACUCUAAAAUUCAAAAUGUAGGAGGGACUUAUGAACUGCAUGCUGGAGAUAUACUAGAGUUGAUAUACAACUCUGAACAUCAGGUUCUAAAAAAUAAUACAUACUGGGGGAUCUUAUUGCUAGCAAAUCCCCAAUAUAACUCCUAG